AGACAGGAGGCAAGGAGCUUGCAUUUAGCGGCUUUGCGGGAGGUGUAAGUAGCGAUCCGGGACUGCCGGCUGUGUUAGGAAAACCGGGACUGUUGGGCAGUUUGCGCUUAUUUGGAUUAGCCGGGCUGCAGUCAGGUUGUGAAGGUCUUCGGGAACAUGGCAGACACAACGUCAAGUGGGCCUCCACAGGUAGGAGCAGUGCAAUUUCUGAUGGCAAAUAAGCUCGACACUGCAAUGUGGCUUUCCCGGUGGUUUACAGUAUACUGUUCAGCUUUAUUUAUUCUACCUAUUUUAGGCUUAAAUGAAGCCGCUAGCUUCUAUCAACGUGCCUUGUUGGCAAAUGCUCUCACUAGUGCGCUUCGUCUGCAUCAGCGAUUACCACAUUUCCAACUAAGCAGGGCAUUCCUGGCCCAAGCUCUGCUAGAGGAUAGUUGCCAUUACCUCCUGUAUUCACUCAUCUUUGUCAAUUCCUAUCCCGUUACAAUGAGUAUUUUCCCAGUCUUGCUCUUUUCCUUGCUUCAUGCAUCAACAUACACAAAGAAGGUUUUAGAUGCCAAAGGACCAAACAGCAUGCCCUUUGUCAGGUCUUUUCUUGACAAACUAAAUGCAAACCAGCAAAAUAUUCUAAAAUUUACUGCUUGCAACGAGAUAUUCUUAAUGCCCGCUACUGUUUUCAUGCUGCUUAGCGGCCAAGGGAGCUUACUACAGCCCUUCAUUUACUACAGAUUUCUAACUCUCCGUUAUUCCUCCAGAAGGAAUCCAUAUUGUCGAACAUUAUUUUCUGAGCUGCGAAUUAUCCUGGAGCAUCUUGUAAUGAAACCAGCGUGUCCGGACUUUGUGAGAAGGUUGUGCCUUAGCAGCAUUGCAUUUAUAAGCAGGCUCGCACCAACAAUGGCGUAACUUAUAUUUUGUUCAGUGAUGUGUAUGUAUAAACAAGCAUUAGCAGCUGGUAUUUCUGCCACAUUCAUACCCAAGUGAUUCCAUAGAAAUCAUGAUAAACUCCUAUUAUGCCUUUUUAUAUAUCACUUCUUAAUGUUUCUUAACCUCCCCCUAUCCUUGAUGUGGUCCAAUUCAGUCGUUACUUUUGAGGAUGCUAAACUUUCAAGACACACUGUAAAGUGGUUGGGGUUUUUAUACUGUAUGCAACAACAUAAACAACAUAAACACGCACAACAUUAACAAUAUUGACUUCAUCUGGGAACACCACUCUCUCAACUGGAUGAAAUUAUUCACCUGUUUUUUACCAUUUCAGCAACAAAAGUGGUAGGAAAGCAGAAUGGUAUUGGUUGAAGUUAAGUUUAUUUUUUAUUAAAAUAUAAAUGUAUUCAGGUUCAACCUUUGUACUGAACCUCUGGUACUGAGAUGUACAUAGAAUAGAAUAAUUAUUACACAGUGCUUGUAAAAUUCCAGCCUUCUGUUUCAAUAAAAGUCCGACCUCCUCAAA